AUGGAGCCCCCACAGUCCCGCAGGCUCCAACAAGCCAUAAUCCCCCGCCCGCAGCGUCUGCUCCGGUGCCAAACUGGAAGCGCCGCUUUGUCAUCACUCCAAGAAAUUCGUAUAAAAUCAAGAAGUGGCUUAAAGCGUGAAGAAAAAGAUCAAAAUCCUUUAACAAGCAAAAAACAACAGAAUAAAACAAAAGAAAUUACAGACUCCACUGCAGCCGGUUUUGUGAGGUUUUUGCCACGCAGUAAGAGCAAAACGGAGGUGCCAAGAAGAACACGAUCAGCCUCUACUUCUCCUUCUGCAUGGGCAUUAUCUCCUGGUAGAUCUUCUCCAUUGCCGGUGCUGAAAUCUCCCAGUUUGGAGAAGUUGAAGAGGGACUCGACAGGCGGUGGCGGAGGAAGCGGCGGUGUGAGCGCAGUUUUGAAGUUCUUUAGGCAGAAGAAAGGGAAACCAGAGCUAAGAAAAUGA